AGUCCCCCGCGCGGCCCCUUAUUCGCUCGGACAAGAUGAAAGAAACAGUCAUGAACCAAGAAAAACUCGCCAAACUGCAGGCACAAGUGCGCAUUGGUGGGAAAGGAACUGCUCACAGAAAGAAGAAGGUGGUUCAUAGAACAGCCAUAGCAGAUGAUAAAAAACUUCAGUUCUCCUUAAAGAAGUUAGGGGUAAACAAUAUCUCUGGUAUUGAAGAGGUGAAUAUGUUUACAAACCAAGGAACAGUGAUCCACUUUAACAACCCUAAAGUUCAGGCAUCUCUGGCAGCGAACACUUUAACCAUUACAGGCCAUGCUGAGACGAAGCAGCUGACAGAAAUGCUACCCAGCAUCUUAAACCAGCUUGGUGCAGAUAGUCUGACUAGUUUAAGGAGACUAGCUGAAGCUCUGCCCAAACAAUCUGUGGAUGGAAAAGCACCACUUGCUACUGGAGAGGAUGAUGAUGAUGAAGUUCCAGAUCUUGCGGAGAAUUUUGAUGAGGCUUCCAAGAAUGAGGGAAACUGAAUUAAGUCAACUUCUGAAGAUAAAACUUGAAGAAGUUACUGGGAGCUGCUAUUUUAUAUUAUGACUGCUUUUAAAGAAAUUUUUGUUUAUGGAUCUGAUAAAAUCUAGAUCUCUAAUAUUUUUAAGCCCAAGCCUCUUGGACACUGCAGCUCUUUUCAGUUUUUGCUUAUACACAAUUCAUUCUUUGCAGCUAAUUAAGAUGAAGAAGCCUGGGAAUCAAGUUUGAAACAAACGUUAAUAAAGUUCUUUGCCUAGUAAAAAAAUAAAAUAAAAUAAAAAUAAA